AUUGACUACAGAACUCGUAUAAAUCCCGCGUGGGUUGUCUCAGCAUUUCAAACCUAGGAACAUUUAGAUCUGUACGAUGCUGAUGCCAGUCGCUCUAGUGUUAACCACACUCUGUGUGAAUUGUUUAGCAAUGAGGGAUUUUCCCUCGUAUGAAGAUCGAAUGAUGUUAAAGGUCAAGCCACCCCAACUUCAGCAUAAGAUUGCAACUGAAGCGCUCUUGGAUCUGAAAUCUACAAUAAAUAAAGCACAUGAUGCUGAAUUUCUUAGGAGGAUGGGUGUCUCCAGUGACAAUUUGUUGGGAUCAGGAUCGAGACUUCUUGCGGAAAAUUACAAUAUCUCGGAAACCUGCCUUAACCAGUGGAGUCGCGCAAUCAGCGCUCUGAACAAUAGUGAAUUCUGGGCUUUUAAAAUGUUUGACGCAGCAGCGAAAAUAGAAUCUGGAGUACUGGAGGGCAAUACAAAAUGGCUGGGGUCAUAUGACGAAUGUUUCCAGAUAAACCAAUCCCUACCAGGCCUACCUGACUCCAGCAGUGGUAUUCAGACCCAAUAUUGUGGUGUUGAGAUACCACUGAAAGUCGCCUACACACCCCUUAAAGUUGAUGUUGCAUUGUGUGCCCCCAAAGCAUGCUCUCCAGAAGAUCUGAAACACUUGUAUAAUGAUAUAUUGUCCAAUAUAGAAAAUUUACUUGGAAGCAAUAGCUCGUUUCGAGUGUCCGGAGUAUUUUGUCAGAAGAAACCAGAGAUAGACACUAGAGCCGUGGUAGCCAUAGUCAUUCUCGGGAUAUUUGCAGCCUUCAUGUUGACCGGUACUUUGUAUGAUUUAAUUUACAUUCAAUGGCCGGUCUACAAGGAUAAGGAUGAUAAUCUUCCAGAAAACGAAAAAUCGCCCCUUAUUCUACACGAGAAACCAAUAAAGGCACCAAAAAACGAAUCAAUCCUACAGAAACUUCUCCUCUCCUUCUCCAUAUAUUCCAAUGGUAAAAAACUCCUCCAAGUGAACCAGUCGGCGGGCACACUGACGGCACUGAAUGGCAUUCGCUUCCUCAGCAUCUCCUGGGUGGUGCUUGGUCAUACAUUUGUCUUUAGCUACAACGAUUUUAGCAAUUCGUAUGUGGCCUUUCCAGAAUUCAUGAAACGAUGGUCCUUUCAGGCUGUUCUCAACGCCCUCGUGUCUGUAGAUUCCUUCUUUGCUCUCAGUGGGCUGUUGCUAGCAUACCUGACACUCAAAGAAAUGAAGAAAGGAACAGGGAUGUUCAGAAUCAACUGGUUCAUGUUUUAUUUCCAUAGGUUCUGGAGAUUGACUCCUGUUUAUAUGAUAAUAGUGAUGAUCAGUAUUUGUCUAUCACGAUAUUUCGGAGAUGGUCCUUUGUGGCCAGAAAAAGGCUUCGAGAAUAAUUACUGUGAGCAUUCGUGGUGGAAAAACCUGCUGUACAUCAAUAACCUUUUCAAAAACGAAGAAUCGUGUUUUGGUGUUUCAUGGUAUCUAGCCAAUGAUAUGCAGUUUUUUCUACUGAGUCCCUUAAUGCUGGUUCCCCUGUAUUUCUACUAUCCUCUGGGGAUUGGUGUCUGCUGUGUCUGGCUGUUGGGAUCUGCUAUUGCACCGGGAGUGGUGUCCAAUGUCCUCGAUCUCCCACCCUCAUCAGUCGGCGGAGGCGGAUCCGCUCAAGGAAGAGCAGAUUACAUGGCUAACUAUUACAUUAAACCCUACUGUCGUAUGGGGCCCUAUAUUGUUGGAAUCAUCGUGGGAUCCUUACUAUACAAAACAGAUUGCAAAGUGAAAAUCAACAAGUACCUGAAUUUGCUCUUGUGGUUGAUCUUCGCCACUCUGGCUAUCUUAGUCCUGUACGGACUCCGGGACCCCCUCAACUACCCAGAAGAUGCUCUCAGUCGUGACGUGUCAGCUCUCUACAACGCCACUCAUAAGAUUGUAUGGGGAGCAUGUGUAUGCUGGGUCAUAUUUGCCUGUGCUACCGGAAAUGGAGGGUUCAUCAACACUCUGUUGUCCUGGUCGCCCUUUGUCCCUCUGGCUCGUUUGUCCUACUGUAUCUACCUCACUCAUUCUCUCGUUUUGUCAACGUAUUCCGGAAGCCAACGAACUCCAAUUUACCUGAAUGACAUAAAUAUUAUAUACAUGUUCCUGGGCAACAUUGUCUUGUCGACUAUGACAGCAUUCAUAGCUUCGGUGUCGUUUGAGUCGCCUAUGAUGGGAUUGGAGAAAAUUAUUCUGAAACGACAACGGAGAAAUUAGAAGGAAACAGAAUUUCACAAUGUGGUCAUCAAGAUCAACAUUCAUUUCAACGACAUUUUCAUAUGAAACAACAAUGGUGAACUUGAACAAAAACAUAUAUCAUUUGAAAACUGUGUAUGAGCAUUGUUUUGAUUGUGUUUUUAUAUGCGUUUUUCCAGUUUAUAUUUCGUUACCAUUUUUAUUUCUUUUUAUGAUAUUUUCAAAUAAAGGGAUUUUUCCCUGUAAAAUAUC